GCCUUACUUUUCAUGAUUUGUUGGUGUUGCCAACAUCUGUCAUAGGAUGUCCACUCCAUAACCUACAUGAUAUUGACUUUGCAGCUUCUUCGUGUGGGGGCCUUCUGGUAACAGGUUCUCUAGCGAGCUCAAGUAUUGAAAGUGUAAACAAUGGCAGAUUCUUAUUCUGUUAACAGCCCAAGAAGAAUUCUGAGUCUAUCAAAGGAGAGGGCAACGGUGUCUUUUUCAGAUCCUGACGACAAGGUUUCUGGAUUUGCAGUAUCUGAGGAACAUGGCCCAAAACCUUCUGAGGUUUAUGGUUUUGUAGGGUCCAUUUCAACUGUUGUCACCACAGUUAUUUUCUUGGGGUGGGCAUAUAUUCCUGAACCGUGGCUACAUUCUAUAGGAAUCACAUACCAUCCUAGCAGGUAUUGGGCAUUGGCAGUUCCAGUUUACGCUAUGGUUACAGUAGUAUUAGCCAUGGUACUUUACAUUGGUCUGAACUUCAUGGCAACACCCCCUCCAACUUCCUUGAACACAAUAUUUGAUGAAUACAGUAGAUCACCUUCAAGCGUUGUGCCUUCUGUGAAAGAAGACGAGCGUCCAAUUGAACCAAUAUUUGAUAUGUGCAUCAGCCAAGUAAAUGAUCUCAUGUUCAAUUCUGCAAAUUGAUCCGAUGCAAUUUGAUAUUUAUGGUUUCUAAUCCCCCUCCCCCCCCCCCCCCCACCACUUCAACAUUAUAAUAAUAUAUUUUCUGUCUUGUCCCUUUUUUGAAAGACAACCUUUAUGAGUUUGAUUGGUGACAACAGUAAAUGUAUUUGGAUAAAGUUCGUGAGGUGUGCAAACAUCACUAAAAUGUAUAGUUUUGCGAUUA